CCUUGACUCAAAUAUAAACCCUGAGACAAACUCAACUGAUUCAAAAGUGUGACAACAAGUCUUUAUCUCCCCUAUUAGUAGCCUACUUUGGGUCAAUCUGCUAACUAAAAGAUGGACGCAAUAUAAGAAAAUUUAUAUCAUUUGAAUAUUAUUUGGAACUCAGUUUUCUUCACCCCCUUUAAAGAGUGUGAUGGAACAAAACGCCAUGGGUUCAAACGGACAACUACAUAACAUAAUCUCCUCCUACAUUCCCCAUCAUAUCCAACCAAUCGUACAAACCCGCUAUAGAAUUACAUCAACACAAUCUACUAUAAAGCAUUUAUGUCGAGGGCUAACUGAUAAGCAUUUUCCUGGGUGAGCAGCAAGCUACGCAAAACAUACCUCGUCUCUUUAAUAUAAACACUGACGGGCGCAUCACGUGUCCACAUGGCGGCAGAAGUGAGUCGACAAUGUAUGUUAUGCGGAUCGGCCGUUACCUCACUGACCUAAACAAUGAGAGAUGCUGCUGACUCGCUCUGAUUCAUUCACAACACAGUUCAUCCUGUUUGAACGCAUAUAUAUUACACAUCUACAUUUAUAUUCUGAAUAAAGCAAGGUUACACAGUAGAUUAAAAACCUAUUUAAUCACAUAUAUUUCAGUCAUUUACUUUACAUUCAAUUUAAAUAGUUCCAAGCCCUUAAAGGGACAGUUCAUCCAAAUAUGAAAAUUUAGCCAUCAUUUAACCCACCAUGCCGUUCUGAACGCGUAGGACUUCUUUCAUGAAACACAAAAUAUGUUUGGAAGAAUAUUGGGGACUGAAAGUCUCUGUCGCCGUUUACUUUCAUUGCCUCUUCCCACACAAUGAAAGUGAACGAGGACGGAGAUCUGUCAUUCACUCCAACAUCUUCUGCGUUGCAUUAAAGAAGUCAGUGUUUUGAACAUGGUGAUUUUUUUUUUUUUUUUUUUUUUCUUAGUGAGCUAUUCCUUGAGUAUCGGCAAAAUAAACACCUUAAACAGACCAAAAUAAUGCCCUUUCCAAAGAAAAUCACACAGCAAAUGUCCCACAAAUACAAAUACCUCGCCCAGCGCUCCUCCCACUGUGGGAGGAGUCAAUACAUGUCCUAAACGUAAGCACCGAGAAUAAUACUUCACAGCCCGAAACACAGAAGAGACGGAACAGUCUUCAGUCACCGCGGUAGAUGUGCGACUCCAAACGGGAGGCACAGUGACUGCGAUAAAGAAGGGACAAGAAACACACAGAGGGAGAAUGCCAGCUAAAACCAUGAACUCUGAUUUGGAGUUUGACUCCUUGCAGCCGUGUUUCUACCCGGACGAGGAUGACUUCUACUUCUGCAGACCAGACGCUGCACCGCCUGGAGAAGACAUCUGGAAGAAAUUUGAGCUGCUGCCCACUCCUCCUCUGUCCCCGAGCCGGGCAGCGCUUCCAGGGGAUCCGGGGGAGCUGGGCGCGGUGGCUGGGGAUUGCUCGCUGAUGGGCUUUGGAUUAACGGACCCGUUGGACUGGGCUUCUGAGCUUCUGCUCUUACCGGAAGACGACAUUUGGGGGGCGUCUGACGGAGACCUCUUCGGCUCCGUUUUGGAUACUACGGACAAUUCCAUCAUCAUUCAGGACUGCAUGUGGAGCGGCUUCUCGGCACGCGAGAAAUUGGAGCGGGUGGUGAAUGAGAAACUCGGGAAAGCAGUCUCUGCUCCUACCGGUACUGAAGCCGGUAAAGACACGACAGUCAAGUCGCCGGAAAUUAGCCACUCUAUACCGGAGUGUGUGGACCCUACCGUAGUUUUCCCUUAUCCAGUCAACAAAAGAAACGGGAGCAGCAGCAGCAGCCAAAGUGUGACACUACCGAGGAGCCAACUGCCUCCAGUCAGUGCAGACGAGACUCCAAGCGACUCUGAUGAUGAUGAUGACGAAGAUGACGAUGAAGAUGAUGAUGAUGAUGAUGAAGACGACGAAGAAGAGGAGGAGAUUGACGUCGUCACGGUCGAGAAAAGGCGUUCCAUCACCAGCAAGAUAACCGGCACUGGUCUGUCUGCCGUCUCUAACUCUCAGGCGUCCACAGGAGGGCGGUUGGGCUCAGGAGUGAGCAAAGCUCCACAGGAGCUCAUUCUGAAGAGGACGGCGGCAGCCUCUAUCCACCAGCAACAGCAUAACUACGCAGCCCCAUCCCCUUACUCCGAACAGCAAGACAUACCCAGCGCUCCCCCGAGCAAGAAACUCCGAAUCGACAACAGCACUACAACUUUACGCACUGGCAAGAACCAGAGCUCUUCCCCGAACUCCCCUACUAACAGUGUACCAGGACAGCGCAUGAGGAAGAGCGAUUCCAGCAGCCCGCGAUGCUCUGACUCUGAGGACAGCGAACGCCGGCGCAACCACAACAUCUUGGAGCGCCAGCGGCGCAACGACCUGCGCUCUAGCUUCCUGACUUUGCGCGACCAGGUGCCCGAGUUGGCGCACAACGACAAGGCGGCGAAGGUGGUCAUCCUGAAGAAGGCCACUGAGUACGUCAGCUCCCUUGAGGCCCAGGAGCUACGACUCCAGCAGGAGAAAGACAGAUUGCAGGCCCGACGACAACAGCUCCUCCGCAGACUCGAGCAGGCCAGGACUCGCUAACACUUAACGCUCAUUGGCUGAACGCCUCACAGCUAAUGGUCGGCGUCAAAUGACGGACGACAAACCGCUAAGGCUAACGGCCCAAAAUGAAUACUAGGGACACUCACUGCUGACACUUUUUUGCACAUUUUUUGACGUCAAGAAUGUUUCAGGUUUACUUUGUCACCCCAAUCACGCUACAACGAUGAGGGAAGGUGCUUACCGGUGAACCCAACUUCCCCUCAAUGACAAGACCCUUAUGAACACAGUCUUCAAUACGCGAUUGGGUCGAUGAACUUUGCGUUCACGCUCUUCCUGCAAAAUGGACACUAAACAAAUGACACGAGACACUUCGAAUGGCUAUAAUCUCUCACACCUCACUGGUGCUGAAUCUCAUGGAUGUACCUCUGCGCACCUUGAUGUCAGACACUUUUGUAAAUAGAUUAGAUUUUAAAAGAACAUACACUCAGUCUGCCUUUUUGUAUACGAUUAUUGUCUUUUGGUUUUUUUUAUAAAGAUGUCAAAAGCUGCCAAUAACUAGACUGGAAGUUUAUAUACCUUUAACAAGUACUGUAAGACCUCCAUUUUUGAGGAUUUUUGUAAUAUAAGGACACAUUGUUUUGUUUUUUGGAAUCUUUUGUCUUAUAAUCUCUCUGUUAUGACACACUUUACUAAUUCCUACAUUUAUGCUUUAGUGUGCUUCUGAUACAUACUAAAUUUGAUACUUAUAUUUUCGUAUGAAAAUGAGUUCUGAGUAGAUAUCACUUUAUCUUGUUUUUAUUCUUUUUUCUACCUUAAUUUCUUUUGUACAGAAAAUUCUUUCUAUCUCCAUUUAUAAGGCUUCUAUACUUUGCUGUCUUUCUCUUUCUUUGUUUAUAUAUUUGUAAGUAUUGGGUUCAUAGAACUGGGUCAUUGGGAAAAAAGUGUUUUUUUCUCCUUUUCUAUAAUGUACAUUGAGUGCUGCGACUCACAGCACUUUGAAAUACCUCAUUUUGAAAAAUAAAUAGACAUUUUGAAAACAAAAGA